UUAAUAUUUUAAAAGUUAAUUUAAAAAUAUAAAUAUAUUCGCACGGAUGUGCGGGUUAACAUCUAGUAUAAUAAUAUUUCAAAACAACUUAAAAGUGCACAUUAUUACUGACGAAUAAGCCAAAUCAAUGGCUAUUUAAUCGAUUAUUCCAAACCACACAAGUACACAACAAAACAUUUAAACGCAUACACACCCAGAAAUUCAAACACAAAUAUCAAUGCAAGUGCAACUGAUCGAACAGAUGGUUUAUUCCCAAGCAGCACAAGUCGUCGUUCAAGCUUAGCAAUCGUAACAGAAACAAACUCUACUAGUCAUGUCACAUUCGCCGUGGGCUGAUCCAUUACCCACGCAAAUACUGCUGCAUAAAUCAUGUCCUGCUAAACAGAGGUUUCGCGGUAGAGUUUUGCUUGGUUUUCUCAGGCAUUCACGAGCUUUUCCUUUCGGUAUCCCUGAAUAGAAAUGCACACACACACACAUAUAUAUAAUUUACAUUAUGUAUUGAUAAAAUAAUUUGAUAGUACAAAAUGCAGACAAUUAACUGAUUUUGUUUGAUUCAUUUAAUAUAACUUUUAUUACCUGUGGAGAUCAAUAGAAAGAUCAUCAAAAGAGAUACGAUGCAUAUGCUCUUCUUCAUGUUGUUUCUGUAUCUCUUCUUUAGUUCUGAUACUUUGUUUAUUUAUUUUCUUCUUAAUAUUCACAAACUUACAUGAGAAUACUAGGGUUCCAUUUAUACUGAAAAUUCGUUGAUUUUUUUUUAUUAGGUUCGAUGUAUGUUGGUAAUGAUGGAUAAUAUUAUAUGCUGGCCACUAUCUCAAUCGUUCAAGCCUUCAAGGUGUGUAGAGCCAUUAUUUGUUAAGUACUUCCAAUUUUAAAAUCAUAUCUUUCUCAACUUUUUUUUAUGUGCGUGUUUAUUUUCUUCAUAUGUUUUUGGGUUUUUCGUGUGUUAAGAGUAUGUUUAAGCCGGCGCCCAACGUGUUAUUAAUAAAUGUUGAUAUGUAUAUUUGACAAUCAAAGGGAUACGCACAACCCAUAAUCUUGAGCAUGCGAUUAGUAGAACUUAAAUCAUGGUUAAUUCCACGUGGCAUUGGCUAUGGUGAUUGUAUCGUAUAUUAAGAGAUAAUUUGAUAGCUUGAUUGCAAAGGGAUUUGAUUAAGACAUUAACGUGAUCACCAAAACAUAUAGAAUUAAAUUACAAUGAUAUCUUAAUUAAUACAAAUUUUCUCAUAUUGGAAUCUCCAAAUUAUAGAUAUCCAGUUUGACUUGUAAAUCAGAGACGAUAGUCACUGGAAUAUUGAAUACAAAUAGCUCCAGUUAUAGUAUUUAGCAAGUUAUCAAAUUCCAUUUACCGAUGAUACACAACUCAGAUUGUCAACCUGAACAUACUCACCUCUGGGAAUCUGGAGAUGAUUUUCUAAAUAUUUGCUCUACAUUUCUGCAGCUAAAGCAACUGAACCAAGUUGGCUUCAACUGUUCUGAACACACUCACCUCUGGGAACCAAGUUUGAGGAAGCUGAUACUCUCUGUUAAACGACUGCAGAUUCGAGUAGUUUUCAACAACCUUGGCGUCGGGUCCAGGGUGAAUCUUGUUGAUAGCAUUGCAUAGUAUCAUACCGUUUCUCAAGCAAGUAACAAACUCUUUCUCAGACGGCUGACUCGGAAUACGGAGUUCACCCACUGCAGACUGAAGCCAUUGCACGGCUUGAAAUCGCCUCGACGCUGCAACAAAAGAGAAGAUCAGCCACAAGCGAAUCAGAGUCAGAAAUCUUUCUUAUGAUCUUUUGUAACGAACGGCUUUUCUUUAGGCUAAAUGAAUCUCAUGCAACCCAGUCACUGGAAUCAAACCCUAUAAAAGUUGAAGGAAGGGAUCAAAAGUGAGAUUGCAGAUCAAACGAUAGUAGUCUUCUUCCGCUGUUUUGUUUAUGCACUGUGUAUUGAAUUUUUAGGGCUCGGCCUGAAACGUUUAUUGUCUUUGAAUUCAAAUAUGGUAAAUCAGCUUUAUAUUUUUGUUUUCUAUUAAAUAUACAAACUUUUUAAAUUUGCAGAUUUUACACAUCGAUUUAGAUGAUAUCAACUAUGUUUAGCAGAAGUGAAGAUAAUGUUAGUGUUUAAUUGAGCAUGUGGUUAAACUGCGAAGAAUUUUUUUUUUUAAAUGUCCUCCGAUAGAUUAUAUUGUUAGCUUUCUUUUUCAUUACGCUUCAAUAGUGUAAAAUUUUUUUCUGAUGUAAUUUCAAUUUUUUUAGCAUAGUAGAAAGAAUAUAUGUAGAACUUAAUUCAUAACACUAAACUUAUUUACCAUAGUAUAAAUUAACCUUGAAUCAUAAUCACUACUAUCAAAGCAAAGAACAAGAAUUAGAAAUGCAUAACACUAAACUAAUUCAAAAAUCAGAAACUUGUUUAAAAUUACGUAGUUUUCUUCGUCUUUUUUCACGACAUGUAGAUCGACUCCACUUUGAAUUGAAAUAAAAAAAAUCAAAGUAAAGAAGAAGGAAAAAAAAAUAUUUUGGAUAAUAAAAGAGGUUGGAACAGAUUAGAGUGCCAAACUCGAAUUGAAACUAACUCAAAUUAAUUUCAGUUGGCUGAGGGUGAGCAUGCUUUUCACAGUUAAACCACUUGUUUAAUUUAAACAUUGUCUUUACUUCUGCUAAACAUAGUUGACGUCGUCUAAAUCGAUGUGUAAAAUCUGUAAAUUUCAAAAGUUUGUGUAUUUAAAAGAAAACAAAAAUUAGUUUGUGUAUUUAAUAGAAAACAAAAAUAGUUCGCGAAUUUUAUUAGCAAAUAAAAAAUAGUUUGUGUAAUAUUAAAUUCUAAUGCCGCCAUCGUCACUAUCGUUUAAUAUAGUUAACGCGUUAACGCGUAAAACUAUGCGUAAAACCUGCGAAUUUCAAAAGUUUGUGUAGUUAAUAAACAAUAAAAAUUAGUUCGUGUAUUAAACGAGAAUCCAAAAUAGUUCAUGUAUUUUAUUAGCAAAUGAAAAUUAGUCUGCAUAUUUUUUAAGGAAUUUUCCCUUUAUACGUGUACUUGAAUAUUAAGGUACCCAGUAAAAAUUUACUUUCUUUCCGGUAAAAUGAUUUCAUCAUAAGGCUUGUAAUGGGCUAAUACAUAUUUGUUUAUGGGCCGAAAGAAACAGUUAAGGCCUCAAGAGUCCAUAUCUUUGGAAUAAAAAGCCCGAAUUUAUUUCUCGCAGUUAGAUCUACAACAUGAUUCGCUGGUCACAGUAGACAAUUGGGCCAAGACAAUGAAUGGAACAAUGUUCUUUAGUGUCCACGCGAUAAUGAAAGUAUAUUUAUUUUAUACACAGUAUAUGAAUACAGAUACAGAAAUACAAAUACUGUAAACGGACAACUGUUACGGCGACACUAAAUGCCGCAAUAUGAUUGGUGAAAAAGUAAAGUAAAGUAAAUAAAAAAAGGUUAUGAAUGUGAAGGGCAUAUUUUAUGGGAAUUAUUUAUAUUUAAAAUGGUAAAAAGGAGAAAAAUCAGAUGAACAGGCUGUCUAGUUCUUGUGAACAAAUGUGACUGACGACAACACUCUUUGUCCUUUUGCCUCUCUCUCUCUCCUCCACCAGCAAACCAUUACUCCUCUCUCUCCUCCGUGACUCCGUCCUCCAUCGCUGCAACCCCUCAUUCCUCGAUUCAAUUCUUCCCUUUUCCAAUCUUUACUUGAAACCCAACCUCAAAGUUCCAAUCUUUACCAUUCUUGAAGACUUCACGGCGAGUUUGUACUGAGUCACACGUCUCUGACUCGGCCCUGGGGAAGAAGAAACCCAACAAUGGGGUUUCUCUUUAGUCUCCAGGUGCUUCUCUUUCUCAGUCUCUCUCAAAAACUCUCUGCUCAGCCUCCUCCGACCAAUGUGACUUCUUCUUCUCUCGACGCCCUUCUUCAAGAUUACUCCUUUAGAGCUUUCGUUCGUCCCCGCACCGGCAUUCUCUACGACGCCACCGUUCCUUCCAAUUUCACCGGGAUCAAACUCGCCGCCAUGAGGCUCAGAAGCGGAAGCUUCAGAAAAUACGGAGUAUCCUCCCUGAAAGAGUUCUCAAUUCCGACAGGAGUCAUCGUGAAGCCGUACGUGACAAGGCUCGUUCUUGUUUAUCAGAACCUAGCUAACUACUCUCAGUUCUAUUACCCUCUUCCCGGCUACGACUACGUAGCUCCCGUGCUGGGACUCCUCGCCUACGACGCUAAGAAUCUCUCCGCCGUUAACUUACCGGAGCUGGAGCUAACGGCGUUAAACGAUCCCAUUAAGAUUGGUUUCGCCGAUCUUGAACGUAUCCCGCAAGGUUCUGGCGCUAAGUGCGUUAGUUUCGAUUCGCGAGGGAAAGCCACUUUCAAGGACUCGGUUCAGAACACGUGCGAGACUGUGAAUCAAGGGCAUUUCUCUGUGGUGGUGAAGUCUGUGGCGUCUGCUCCAUCUCCAAGCGAGGGAAGAAAGAAGAAGAAGGAGGAGAGGUCUGAGGAUAGUGCCAAGACUUGGAUCAUUGUAGGAUCAGUGGUUGGUGGGUUGAUACUAUUGGGGCUGUUGGUGUGUCUUGUUAUGAGGUGUCGGAGUUACAAGAAGGAUGAGAAGAUUAGGGAGAUGGAGAGAGCUGGAGAGGCGGGGGAAGCUCUUAGGAUGACUCAGGUUGGAGAGACGAGAGCACCGACAGCUACUACUACUCGUACACAACCUAUGCUUGAGACUGAAUACGCAGCUUAGAGGAAAACUUUUGAUUGUGGUUUUGUGUACAUCUUCAUUAUUGUUAGAGUUCAGCUUUGAUCCAUCUGUUACUUGUCUUCUGGUAAAGUGUUUUUUUUCUUCUGAUUAUUAUUUUUUUUUAGUUGUGGUUAGCAAGUUGAUACGGUACAUUCAUCUUGAUUCUCUACGAGUGAUUUUAAGGAAAAUAAGUGUUUAUUGUUUAGCCUCUCAAAUCACAACUUUGAUGGAAGAUAGGGAUUGUUUCUGGAACACA